CGCAGACGGAGGAGCAGCCGGGCGAGAGCCGAGGACGCGAGCUUCAGGGGCUGGUCUCCUAGAAGUCAGAUCACAAAGCCAAGAAGAAUAUUGAAUGUGGUUUUCAUACCUGCAAUGGGAUCAAGCCUUUGUUAUUAAAAAUUAAAACACUGAAGGCCUGGAUUCAAAUAGAUUAAUAUAAAUUACAUCCAUCAUGAAUUGCUUACAUCGGAUUAAAUUUAUUACAUGUGUAUGGUGGCUAAUAAUUGUUGCUUCAGUCCAGACAUCUUAUGGGGGCUCAUAUAUUGGACAUUGUGGUGGACAAGAUUGUUCCAUUUGCCGGUGCUUUCCUGAAAAAGGCUCAAGAGGGCAGCCGGGGCAGCCAGGAGUCCAGGGUCCAAUUGGUGAUCUGGGUUCCAUUGGACCUAUUGGUUUGCCAGGAGAAAAAGGCCAGAGAGGUGAUCCUGGUCUACCCGGGCCACUUGGUGAAAGAGGAAAUAUGGGUCCAACUGGAGUUCCAGGAUUUUCAGGUCUAGACGGAAUGCCUGGGCUACCAGGAAUUGAAGGACCCCGAGGGAAGCCUGGGGCAGAUGGAUGUAAUGGUUCAAGAGGCGAUCCAGGACUUCCAGGAGAAGUUGGAUGCGUUGGAUCAAAAGGAUCACUUGGUAUCCCUGGCCAAAAAGGAGAAAAAGGAAAUCCCGUAUAUACUAAAUUCAUUAAAGGGACAACUGGAGAAAGAGGGGACCCUGGACCUCAAGGCAUGCCUGGUCCUAGAGGAGAAAAGGGACCCAGAGGUCCAUCUGGAUUUCCAGGCCAACCAGGUGAACAGGGUUUUCAAGGCCAACCUGGUUUACCAGGUGAUCAGGGGUAUCCAGGAAUUGGAGUGGAAGGACAAAAGGGAGAGCCGGGUGAUGUAGGACCUCCUGGAUUUCCAGGACAGCCAUUACUGGUUGGACCUCCUAGUUCUAGACUGUUAAAGGGAGAAAAGGGAAUAAAGGGUAUGCCUGGAUCUACUGGCUCAAGAGGAAUGCGUGGCCAGAAAGGUGAAUUUUCAAUGGGAGACAAGGGUGAUAAGGGGAUUCGUGGUUUUCCUGGAGAGCAGGGAAUUCCUGGCUCACAUGGUACUCUGGGUUUCCCAGGAAACAAGGGUAAAACUGGAACACAUGGAAUUCCUGGUCAAGGUGGCUUGAUAGGCAUUAAGGGGGAUCCUGGAGAGAAUGGGCAGCCUGGACCACCAGGACCUCGAGGAACUGCACUCACUGGACCAAAGGGUAUUCAAGGAGACCCAGGAGACUCUGGACUUCCUGGAGAGAGAGGAACAGAUGGAAUGCCUGGUUCUGCUGGUGACAAAGGAAGACAAGGGGAAGAUGGACUCAGCUUUCCUGGUCCUAAAGGUGGAUUGGGUGUAGAGGGUCCUCAAGGCUUCCAUGGUGGCCCUGGUCUCCCAGCUCAAUCUAGUACAGCUCCAGGAAAGCCAGGAUCUCCAGGAUUACCUGGUUUUCCAGGAGUACCAGGAAGACAGGGCUUGCCUGGACCACCCGGUGUUGCCUGUAAGGGGAGAGGGUCCCCUGGAGAACCAGGAGUUAAAGGUCAAAUAGGAUUACCUGGAGAAAGAGGUGGAAAAGGAGUGAAAGGAAAUCCAGGGAACUGCUCGUGUGGGCUUGGCCCUUGUGGUCCACCAGGCCAACAAGGUCUACCAGGGAUACCUGGGAGAAAAGGAGAAGUGGGAACACCUGGAAAAUAUGGAAGAAAAGGUGAUCCUGGUUUUCCUGGUAGAAGAGGAGAACCAGGCCCCUUAGGAUUGCCAGGUCCAUUUGGACUAACAGGUGAAAAAGGAGAUAAAGGUGACCCAGUUGAAGUAAGGAUCAAAGGGGUAAAAGGACAAAGAGGUGUUCCAGGGAUACAUGGAUUUCCAGGAAUAAUUGGCACUUCUGGCAAACCUGGAGAAGGAGGAUUGCCGGGUGAUAAAGGGAUUCAAGGAGAAGACGGAAGAGCUAUACAAGGUGAUAAAGGAUUUCCUGGAGACCCUGGAAUUCCUGGUUCAAGAGGUGAAAUGGGGACACCCGGUUUUGGGAUUCAAGGCCCACAAGGUGUCCAAGGCCUACCCGGAGAUCCAGGAGGCCCUGGUAUGAAAGGAACAUCUGGACCAAAGGGUCAAAAAGGUAUUACUCUUCCAAGUGAAAGAACAUAUCCUGGGAAUCCAGGUAUACCAGGAUUUAAAGGUAUACCAGGUCCAAAAGGGUUAAGAGGCCCACCUGGUCCACCUGGCCCCAAUGGUUUUGAUGGUUUCAAAGGCCAGAAGGGUAGAUUAGGAACAUCAGGCAAUCCUGGUCCAGAAGGUUUAAGAGGUAAGACUGGUGAUCCAGGUGAUCCAGGUGAACAAGGUUCAAGUCUGGAUGGCCCUCCUGGAUUGCCAGGCCUUCCUGGGCUUCAAAGUCCAAAAGGUGUUCCAGGUGACAUUACCUACAGCCCUCCAGGUACCCCGGGCAAAAGAGGCCUUCCAGGGCUACCAGGUUUGCCAGGCCUAAGAGGUGACCCUGGUUUUCCUGGGCUUCAAGGACAACCUGGCACACCAGGGCUUCCAGGUGCUAAAGGUCUCCGAGGUCAAAAAGGUGACCCAGGAGUGAUGGGUUAUCCUGGAUCACCUGGACUAGUCUGUGAGAAAAUGUUGGAGGGGCUACCAGGACCACCAGGCUCUUUUGGAACACAAGGACCUAAAGGAUUGAAGGGUUUUAAAGGUCCUCAAGGAGAUAUGGGAGCAUCAGGCCCAGCUGGAAUGAAAGGAUUGCCAGGUGCCCCUGGAACCCAAGGGCCACCUGGCUUUCCAGGCUUACAAGGAGAUCCAGGAUUUUCAGGGGAAAACGGACUGCCAGGUCUUCUAGGAACAAAAGGAAACAAAGGAUUUCAAGGCAUGCAAGGUUUCCCAGGCCUCCCAGGAAAUGCAGGAGAAAUGGGAGCACCAGGUAUAAAAGGAGAAGAAGGACAAAUUGGUCUACCUGGUCCUCCUGGAGAAUUUGGGAGAAAGGGUUCUAACGGUGAACCAGGAUUACCAGGAGACAAGGGCUGCAUCAAUAUCCAGCAAGUAAAAGGACAAAAUGGAGAAGUAGGCCUUCCUGGUGAUGAGGGGUUACCAGGGGUCCAAGGUGAUAAAGGCAAUGCUGGAUUCAGAGGAAUCCCGGGACCACCAGGCAAACAAGCAGCUCCAGGCACUCAAAAGGGCCAGCCUGGCGACCCUGGACACCCUGGUUCCCCGGGCCCACUAGGUCCCCCAGGGCCUCCAGGUGUGACAGGGAUAAUUGGUUUUCAAGGACAAAAAGGCAAUCAGGGUGCACAGGGACCAUCAGGUCCUCCUGGACAUCCAGGGCUUGGUGGCCAAAAGGGAUCAAAAGGUAGCCGAGGUGACCCAGCUACUCAUUAUGGUGAACCUGGCAAGAAAGGCCCUAUAGGAGUCCAAGGAUUACCAGGACUUCCUGGAUUACCUGGAGACCAGGGUAUUCUAGGUGUUCAAGGAGAACCAGGAAAACAGGGUUCCAAAGGGCUGCCUGGAAACUCAGGAACACCUGGAUUCCCAGGUGUGCAGGGAGCUGCAGGAUUUCCAGGAUCUCCAGGUGAACAAGGUAAACCUGGUUUUUUGGGAACUCCAGGUUUUCCAGGAUCACCUGGUAACCCAGGUAGAAAAGGCUUAUCGGGAUCACCUGGAGUAAAUGGUAUAAAUGGAGAAAAAGGUCAAAAGGGUUUGCCAGGACCUCCAGGUUUAAGUGAAAUGGGACCUCCAGGGUGCAUAGGAGAACAAGGACCAAAAGGUAACAGAGGAGAACCUGGGCUUCCAGGAAGAACUCAACUGGGUCCUCAAGGAGAGAAAGGUCUAAGAGGUCCUCCUGGUAAGCCAGGUGUUCCUGGUUCUGCUGGCCCUAUGGGUCAGCCUCCUGAAAAUAGGACUUGUGGCUUUCCAGGAGACCAAGGUCCAGCUGGCUCAGAUGGCAUUAGAGGUCCUCCAGGCAAACCUGGGCCUCCAGGAAAAACUAUACUUCUUAAAGGAGAUCCAGGGGAUUCUGGUACUUCAGGCCCACCUGGUGUUCCUGGUCCAUGUGGUAAACAAGGAACUAAAGGUAUUCCAGGAAACCAAGGAAGAAAAGGCUCAAAAGGUCUAACAGGGAAGCCUGGUCUGCAAGGACCAUCUGGUGUCCCUGGGGACCCUGGAGCUCAAGGUUUUCAGGGGCCAAUUGGUCCUGUGGGCCAAAAAGGUUACAGAGGUAAUCCUGGAGAACCUGGAAGUAUUGAUUACUCAUCAUGUCCUAGGACUCCAGGACCUCCUGGAGUAUUAGGCCCAAGAGGACCACCAGGUUUUGUAGGAUUAAGAGGGCCAAUUGGCUUUCCUGGACCUCCAGGAAAUAAAGGAGAAGGAGGUUCAUUAGGUGAGCAAGGGCUAGAAGGCUUGCUCGGACCACCAGGACCUCAUGGUGAUCAAGGUGACAUGGGAGAAGAAGGAAACACAGGGCCACAAGGUCUUCCAGGCCAAACUGGGAUUCCAGGGCCACCAGGAUCAGCAUCCGAAUGGAGUAGUGGGUUCCUGCUUGUUUUGCAUAGUCAGUCAGAAACAGAACCAUUUUGCCCUGUGGGAAUGACAAGACUGUGGACUGGAUACAGCCUGCUGUAUUUUGAAGGGCAGGAGAAAGCCCAUAAUCAAGACCUUGGUCUGGCUGGAUCCUGUCUUCCUGUGUUUAGCACAAUGCCUUUUACCUACUGCAAUGUCAAUCAAGUCUGCUACUAUGCAAGUCGAAAUGAUAAAACUUACUGGCUUUCAAGUGCAGCUCCUUUGCCCAUGAUGCCUCUCUCAGAUGAAGAAAUAGAGCACUAUAUUAGUAGAUGUGUAGUAUGUGAAGCUCCUGCCCAAGCUGUUGCAGUUCAUAGUCAAGAUCAAUCCAUUCCUUCUUGUCCACCAAACUGGAGAAGUCUUUGGAUAGGUUACUCAUUCUUAAUGCAUACAGGAUCUGGUGACCAAGGAGGCGGGCAAUCUCUCACAUCACCUGGAAGCUGCCUGGAGGACUUCCGAUCAGCACCCUUUAUUGAAUGCCAGGGUCAACAAGGAACAUGUCACUUUUUUAUUAAUGAAUACAGUUUCUGGCUAGCUACAGUGAACAAUGAGACACAGUUUGUAUCAUCCCCUGUCUCGGGGACUAUCAAAGAUCAACAAGAACAACGCCGAAAUAUCGGCAGAUGUCAAGUUUGCAUGAAAUAUGCCUAGUGGAUAUUGAACAUUCUUGAACAGA